AUUUCUCAUAACUCAAUUGCAGUCUCAAAUACAGGCUUAAUUAGUCACAUUGAGAGAAAAAUGGCAAGGUUGACCAUGGGAAUGGCUUUUGUUGCUAUUGUUGCUGCUGUGGUUUUGGUGCAAUCCGCGGCGGCUCAGACUGUUCAUGUGGUGGGAGAUUCCAUUGGAUGGACAGUUCCGAGUAAUGGGGCACAGGCAUAUACCAACUGGGCAGCUCAAAGGACGUUCGUAGUUGGGGAUACCUUGAUGUUCAAUUUCCAGACAAAUCAGCACGAUGUGUUGCAAGUCCCAAAGGCAUCAUUCGACGCAUGUAGUUCAUCGAACCCCAUUGGAAACAUGUUCACCACCGGUCCGGCCAACAUAACCCUUGACUCUGCCGGCGAACACUACUACAUUUGCACGAUUGGUCAGCACUGUCAAGGCGGGCAGAAACUAGCCAUUACCGUCUCAACUUCUUCCUCCGGUUCUCCCACGCCUGCACCACCUACCAACAUGACCCCUCCCACCACCCCUUCUCCAUCUUCGGGCACACCUGCCGAUUGUGCUCCGGCUCCAGCAACAGGUCGUACUCCUCCAGGAUCAACAACUCCAACUUCCCCUGACUCCAAUCGCGAUUCUGUUCUGCCUUCUUCAACUUCAGCUAUUUUUGUCAGUUUGUGGCUGUCCAUUUUAGGCAUUGCAAUGGGUUUUGUUUUCUAAUCAGAGAUUAAUUAAAUAUAGGAUUGGAUUUUAUGGUGUUUUUGGGUAUUCAUCAAAUAAAGUCAUUGUAGUAAAACCCAUAUUUUUUUACUUUGUAAUUUCUUUUAAUUCGAAUUUGUAUUUUGUACUACUGUAUGAGCAAUAAAAUUAAUUAGUGAAU